GACUUUCCUGACAGCAUGGCCCCCAAACGCCAGUCUUCACUCCUGCCUCAAAUGAAGAAAGUAAAGCUGCUUCCUGUCCUCAAGCCAGAGGAAACAUCAGCCGCUCUGGACAUGCCAAAAGGAGAAAAAGAACAGCAGGAAGCAAUUGAACAUAUUGAUGAAGUACAAAAUGAAAUAGACAGACUUAAUGAGCAAGCCAGUGAGGAGAUUUUGAAAGUAGAACAGAAAUAUAAUAAACUCCGCCAACCAUUCUUUCAGAAGAGGUCAGAAUUGAUCGCCAAAAUCCCAGAUUUUUGGGUAACAACAUUUGUCAACCAUCCACAAGUGUCUGCACUUCUUGGGGAGGAGGAUGAAGAGGCACUGCAUUAUUUGACCAGAGUUGAAGUGACAGAAUUUGAAGAUAUUAAAUCAGGUUACAGAAUAGAUUUUUAUUUUGAUGAAAAUCCUUACUUUGAAAAUAAAGUUCUCUCCAAAGAAUUUCAUCUGAAUGAGAGUGGUGAUCCAUCCUCAAAGUCGACUGAAAUCAAAUGGAAAUCUGGAAAGGACUUGACGAAACAUUCAAGUCAAACACAGAAUAAAGCCAGCAGGAAGAGGCAGCAUGAGGAACCAGAGAGCUUCUUUACCUGGUUUACUGACCAUUCUGAUGCCGGUGCAGAUGAGUUAGGAGAGGUCAUCAAAGAUGAUAUUUGGCCAAAUCCAUUACAGUACUAUUUGGUUCCUGAUAUGGAUAAUGAGGAAGGGGAAGGAGAAGAAGAUGAUGAUGAUGAUGAAGAAGAAGAAGGAUUGGAAGAUAUUGAUGAAGAAGGGGAUGAGGAUGAAGGGGAAGAAGAUGAAGAUGAUGAUGAGGGAGAGGAAGGAGAGGAGGAUGAAGGAGAUGACGACUAAUAGAACACUGAUGGAUUCCAACCUUUUUAAUUUUCUCCAGUCCCUGGGAGCAAGUUGCAGUCUUUUUUUUUUUUUUUUCCCUCUUGUGCUCAGUUGCCCUGUUUUUGAGAUCUCUUUUCUCUCCUUUACACCAUGGUUCUCAACUUAUUUUGGGGGAAAUACCUUGUGCAGAAUACAGUGGGAAAAGAAUCUCUACCCAUUUCUGUUCCAAAUUCGUUUUUAUACCUUCCUGUCUUGGCAACAACAACAAAAAAACUUUAUGGAAUCAACACACCACCGUGCUCUGUGGGAAAAAAGAAAAACCUUCUGCUUCCUUCACUCAGCUGGAAGCUGGAGGGUGCUAGGCCCCUGUGUAGUAGUGCAUAGAAUUCUAGCUUUUUUCCUCCUUUCUCUGUAUAUUGGGCUCAGAGAUUACACUGUGUCUCUAUGUGAAUAUGGACAGUUAGCAUUUACCAACAUGUAUCUGUCUACUUUCUCUUGUUUAAAAAAAGAAAAAAAAAACUUAAAAAAAUGGGGUUAUAGAAGGUCAGCAAAGGGUGGGUUUGAGAUGUUUGGGUGGGUUAAGUGGGCAUUUUGACAACAUGGCUUCUCCUUUGGCAUGUUUAAUUGUGAUGUUUAAUGGACAUCCUUGCAGUUUAAGAUGACACUUUUAAAAUAAAAUUCUCUCCUAAUGAUGACUUGCCCUGCCACUUAAUGGGAGAAUCAGCAGA